AAAUCGAUUUUCGUCUUUUCCGACUUUUCGAACGUUUUUUGAACUUUUUUCUUCGCUUUUUACUUUUUCUUUUAAACAUGAGUUGACUACGAGAUCGUUCGAUAAGCAGAGUGCAUCAAAGCUCAGAUAGAAAACUUUCUUGUUUUAAUUUCUACGCUCGUACUAGCACUGUAAUCGGGCUUUCGGAGACGAUUAGCCAUGAGCGCGAUUUGAGUUCGCAAAGUAGACCAUCCCGAUUCUUGGUAAAUCCGUUUCGAUUUGAAGAUUCCCUGGUACAAGUUCUUUUUGUUACCUUUCCUUAGCAAAUUUUGUUUGGAGCCUGAAUGAUAUACAAUAAGGAUGAGUGAGUCAGCAGCCCCACAGUCUUCAGGUCCGACCGUGGAAUGCAUUGAUCUUACUGCUUCACCAGAUGUCGCACCUGUUCGUACAGGCCGCCAUCGUUCGCAGUCUGCAUCCUCCAAUGGAGAUAUUAUCGUCGUCGGUGAGAUUAAACGAAAGAAACCUGCGGUUAUCGUGAUCGACAGCCCUAAGAGUCGCUCCGGAUCCGCUCAGAAGCUCUUGCAGAAGGGAAACAAGCGCAAACGCGAAGAAGCGUCGACUUCGGUUGCUGUGGUCCCGCCUCCUAAUCCAGAACCUCCAAAGCCAGCGACCGUUUUCAAGUGUCCAAUUUGUCUGGAUACUAAUGCCGAGUUGAUGGAAAAGAACGUCAAUCUUUUGGUGCCGCCUUGUGGUCAUCUUCUCUGUAAGCCGUGUUCGCAGAGCUUGCCACCAGAAUGCCCUGUCUGCCGCAAGAAGUACAAGAAAAACAGUUUGCGGCCGUUAUUUCUAUGAAACGUGGGCAUGUGUAAAUGGAAAUUUGUUCUGCCCAUCGCCGUAACUAAUGAUGUACAAAGCACUCAGUGGUUGUGGUAUUAGUUCGUUUGGAUUGUGCAGAUCUGCAACCGUGAUACUGUGGCCGACGACGGAUCUUCGUUUUUAUACUGUGCGUUAGUAUUGUGUGUGUUUUACUUAAUUACUCGUGCUCGGGGUCCUGCUGUCGUUGGGAUGGAUAUUCGGAGUUUUCUUUAUGUCUGGCAUACCUUCAUUUUACCGUGUAUGCUUGUCUUGAAUCGAGUGACUCCCAAAAAGUGUUUUUCGUUAUUAAGAUUAUUACUUACUGGUUACUAUUGCUGUAUAGAUCACUGUCUGAUUUUGUCUUCCAUAAUUCCAUUGAUAAUUUAGUAAAAUGACGUUAUUUCUUCCGUUGCGGCAAAUUUGG